GAAACUGACGUUUACAAUAAAGUUAAUAAUAAAAAAAAACAUUUGAGCAUUUAACUGCAUUACCCACAAUCCCUUACGCUUUUGUAGACGGAAACGACUUUCAUCAAGAUGGUGCUUGAAAGUACUAUGGUCUGUGUGGACAACAGUGAGUACAUGCGGAAUGGAGACUUCCUACCCACGAGGCUUCAGGCUCAGCAAGAUGCUGUUAAUAUCGUUUGUCACUCAAAGACUCGCAGCAACCCUGAAAACAAUGUGGGCCUCAUCACACUAGCAAACAACUGUGAGGUGUUAACCACAUUGACUCCAGAUACAGGGAGGAUACUGUCCAAGCUGCAUGCUGUGCAGCCUCGAGGAAACAUUAGCUUCUGCACUGGGAUCAGGGUGGCACAUCUAGCACUGAAACACAGACAAGGCAAAAAUCACAAGAUGCGAAUUAUUGCAUUUGUUGGCAGCCCAGUAGAAGACACUGACAAAGAACUUGUCAAAAUGGCAAAGCGUCUGAAAAAAGAAAAGGUCAACGUGGAUGUCAUCAACUUUGGAGAAGAGGAGAUGAACACGGAGAAACUCACAGCCUUCAUCAACACGCUUAAUGGCAAAGAGGGGACUGGCUCCCACCUGGUGACGGUACCUCCAGGACCCAGCUUGGCUGAUGCCCUGCUGUCCUCCCCCAUCCUGGCAGGAGAAGGAGGAGCUGUGUUGGGUCUUGGUGCCAGUGACUUUGAAUUUGGAGUAGAUCCUAAUGCAGACCCUGAACUGGCCUUGGCUUUACGUGUGUCCAUGGAGGAGCAGAGGCAGCGACAGGAGGAUGAAGCUCGCAGAGCUGCUGUAGCCUCAGCCGCUGAAGUGACUGUUUCCUCUCCGGCUGCAGAUGACUCCGAGGAUGCUCUGUUGAAGAUGUCUGUUCAGCAGACAGAUCCGACCACACCUGCUCUACCAGACUUUAACCGCAUGACGGAAGACGAGCAGAUCGCGUACGCUCUGCAGAUGGAUGAAGAGGACUAUGAUGUCAUGCAGGACCCGGAGUUUAUUCGAAGCGUUUUAGAGAACCUCCCAGGUGUUGACCCCAACAACGAGGCAAUACGGAACGCCAUGGGCUCGCUGGCUUCUCAGGCCGGAUCUAAACCGGAUACAAAAAAGGAUGAAGAGGAGAAAAAGAAGUGACAGUGUAGUGAAAGCAAUCCUAAAAAAAACAGUAUGAUCAAUAAAAGAGAACUGAAUGCAUGUGCUUAUUCAAAGGUUGCUCCAUUCAGACCAGCUGGGUCAUCUUUUUUAUGUAUUUCUGUAACGAGUAAACAGCCUUUUCUGUACCUUAGGACAUAGUCUGGUCCUUUUUUUUCUUCUUUUUUUUUUGUUUGACUCUUUUGUAAGAAAAAUUUCCAGGAAAAUAACACUGAUUCAAUAAAUCUAUAGAACAAGAAAGCAUUUUCUCUGCACAAGUAAAUGUUUACUGGUUUUCACUUGCAUUGCACAACUGGUAAAAUGUACCUAGUUUAACUUUCUUUAAGCUGAAAUAUACCUUCAAAUAUUGUAGAAUUGCACCAGUUCAACCUUUGUGGAAAAAAGAGUUUUACUGGAGUAGUGGUAAAUCAGGAAAUAAAAUUAAGUUUAUCACAGA